CAGUUUCAUAGCAAAACCUCACUAAUGUCCUAGAAAAGAGUCCUACUGAGUGCAGGGAUUGUUCAGGGAAGACUUUGCAGUCCAGCCCCUAGUUCUGCGGCAAUGUUAGUCUCUGCAGGUCUGGGGUGGAAGCCAGGGCUGGGAACCUCUGUCCUGCAUCUCUUCACAACACUUGAUUCCUAAGGACGCCGCUCCUGGCACUCAGGCCUCAGUAGCCAAUCAGAACCUCCAGAUGGACUGUCAGUCAGAAUGGGAGGGCACUUCCGGUUCGCCUUUCGGUAAGCACCUUGUCUCUGGACUGAGGAAGGUUGUUCUGUUCCAUGAGCUACGCUGUGACCUGCUGCCCGGAGCCAGGAGCUGUGGGGAGAGCGGGGCGAGCUCGGAAUCCGCCAUGGAUGCAGUGACCUAUGAAGAUGUGCAUGUAAACUUCACGCAUGAAGAGUGGGCUUUGCUGGAUCCUUCCCAGAAGAGUCUCUACAAAGAUGUGAUGCUGGAAACCUACUGGAACCUCACUUCUAUAGGCUACAAAUGGGAAGACCAUAAUACUGAAGAAUAUGAUCAAAGUUCUAGAAGACAUGAAAGGUACAUCAUCUUCAAAGACACACAAAUAUUCAAUACUCAAGAGGAUCUUUAUGAAUGUAAGCAACAUGAUAAAAUAUUUGGAUCUGAUUUCUCUUUGAAAGUACAUCAAAGGACUCAUUUAGAAGUAAAAAACUAUGGAUAUAAUCAAAGUAUUAAAGCCUUUCCAUGUCACAAUCCUGAUCAAGUAUGUAGACCUCAUACCAGAGAGAAAACACAUGGAUAUCGUCAAUGUAAUACAGCCAUUGCACACACCAGUUAUCUUCUAAUACGUGAAAGAACCCCUACUGGAAAGGUACCUCAUAAGUGUAAUCAAUGUGAUAAGACCUUUGCACAGAAGAGUCGUCUUUUCAGACAUGAAAGAAUUCAUACUGGAGAGAAACCCUAUGAAUGUAGUCAGUGUGCUAAAGCCUUUGGACAUAAAUAUGAUCUUCAAGUACAUGAAAGAACCCAUACUGGAGAGAAACCCUAUGGGUGUAAUCACUGUGGUAAAGCCUUUGCCUAUAAAAAUCAACUUCAAAUACAUGAAAGAAUUCAUACUGGAGAGAGACCCUAUGGAUGUAGUCACUGUGGUAAAACCUUUGCAUGUAAAAGUAAUCUUAAAAUACAUGAAAGACGUCAUACUGGAGAGAAACCAUAUGAAUGUAACCAAUGUGGUAAAGCCUUUGCAUGUAAAAGUAAUCUUCAAACACAUGAAAGAGGUCAUACUGGUGAGAGGCCCUAUGAAUGUAAUCAAUGUGGUAAAGUCUUUGGACAGAAACGUGAUCUUCAAAUUCAUGAAAGAAUUCAUACUGGAGAGAAACAUAAUGUAUGCAAUCAAUGUGGUAAAGCUUUUGCACAGAAGAGUCAUCUUCUCAGUCAUGAAAGAAGGCAUAGUGGAGAGAAACCCUAUGGAUGUAAUCACUGUGGUAAAGCCUUUGCAUGUAAAAGAAAUCUUCAAAUACAUGAAAGAAGUCAUACUGGAGAGAAACCCUAUGAAUGUAGUCAAUGUGGUAAAGCCUUUGCAUGUAAAAGUAAUCUUCAAACACAUGAAAGAGGUCAUACUGGAGAGAAACCCUAUGAGUGUAAUCAUUGUGGGAAAGCCUUUGCCUAUAAAAGUCAUCUUCAAACACAUGAAAGAAGUCAUACUGGAGAGAGACCCUAUGAAUGUAAUCACUGUGGUAAAACCUUUGCUUAUAAAAGUCAUCUUAAAAUACAUGAAAGAAGUCAUACUGGAGAGAAACCUUAUGGAUAUAAUUAAUAUGGUAAAGCUCUUGAAUAUAUUGUAUUCCAAGAAUAUGGGAUAAUUUGAACAAAAACCCAUUUGCAAAUGAAAACCCUAUUUAUGCUGUCAUCCAUUAUGUUUGAAUUGUUACUUUAUUCUGGGGACUAAAUACUUCUUCUUUAUAUAUUCUCAGAACUCACCAAUGAAUGCCAGAGAAUUUUACCAGUGAGUAAAUGUGAUCACUACUAAGCCUGAUAACCAGAAUUCAUUCUCUAGGAGACCCACAUUUCUCCUACAAGUUUCUUUUCUGAUUACUGCACUUGUGUUGUAUGCACACUAACACACCAGCACAUAACAAAUUUUGAAGCUGAAAUCAGAGCCAGUGAGUUCACCAGUUUAGGGCACUUAACUGCCAAGCAUGACUACCCUAGUUUGAUCUCUAGUACUCACACAGAGGAACUAGAGACCAGAUACCUGUAAGUUGUCCUCUGACUGGCACGUAGACACCAUGGCACUGUUGUUUAUACACAGUAAUUCCUUCUUAUUUUUGGAGACAUUGUUCAGCAGUGAAGGCUUCAUAGCCCUGAAACUCAUUCUGUAGAUGAGGCUGACCUCAGUCUCAGAGAUAUCCAUGUUUCUCUGCUUCCCAUGUAUAGGGCUUAAAGAUAUGCCACCACCACCCAGCCAGAGUUAAAAAUGUUUUAAAAUAGAAAUGAUAUAUCCUUGAAAUCAAUUCAUUGAAAAAUUCCUAGAACCAUCACUGUUUAUUUUUUUAAAAAUGUGAUGCUUCUUGUUUAAAUCUUAUCCUUGCAUUGUCUGAUUCAAAGUUGGGUCAUUUUUAAAAAACAUCUCUCCUGGGUAUAGUGUUAUAGUCUUAUAAUCCCAGAAUUUGGAAGAGAAAGUCAAGAGGAUCUGAGUUUUGAGGCCAGUCUGGGUUAGAUAUUGUGUUCCAGGAUGGUCAUAGGUAUAGAGAACUUGUCUCAAAAAAGAAUCUGAAAAGAUGUCUGCUUUUCCCAAGGACCCAGGCUCAGUUCUCAGCACCCAGUUCUUUAAUGAUUUACAGCAGUCAGUGAAAAAGCUAAUUUCAUUUAUGAAUAACUUCUUAGCUCCAGGAUCUCCAAAUGUUAUUUCCAAUGUCAUCAAAAUCAAAAUGCAUCUAAUUGUACACUAACCAAUCUGUUUAAAACUAUAGAAGGAGAAAUGCCAUUGUACUGUCUUUACAAAUUAUCCUGAGAGGCAAAAAUAAUUGCAGUUAUAUGAAUUUUAACAAGUGAA